AUGUCGUUGACCUGUCUGCUAGGGCUAGUUCUCCAUGUCUCCCUGCUACCACAGCAUACUGAGGCCACUUUACAUCAGUCUGUGGCCAGUCCGCAAGGGUCAGAAUGGGAUUUCAUCAUCAUAGGCGGAGGCACUGCAGGUUCUGUUCUUGCUGGCCGACUGACGGAAGAUGAUGCCGUGUCGGUGCUUCUCGUUGAAGCGGGUGGGAUUGAUGAUCCAUCCAACCCCGCUAUCACGGUGCCAUUCUUCGCGCCCGAAGUCGAACGGACGGGCUCGAUAUUUGACUGGAACUAUACGACGGUCUCGCAGGCUGCGUUGGGUGGCCGUGAGCUUCCCUACCCUCGCGGGUUCGUGCUUGGGGGUACCAGCACCACGAACGGCAUGAUCUACACGCGUGGUGCAUCCGACGACUGGGAUCGGCUAGCUGCGGUUUCCGGGGAAGAAGGUUGGUCGUGGGAAAAUAUGGUGCCCUACUUUCUACGAGGUGAACAGCACGUCGCGUCCGCGGAUGCGCACGACGUCACUGGACAAUUCGAUCCUACCUGGCACGGCGAUGGACCCUUGCUCACUAGCCUAUCGGGCUGGUCGUCUCCGAUCGACUCGAGAGUUAUAGCGACAACGCAAGAGCUGGCGGGCGAGUUCCCAUUCCACAAGGAGAUGAAUGACGGUCAUCCUUGUGGGAUCAGUUGGCUACACUCGUCCAUCGCGAAUAGCGUUCGGAGCAGCUCUUCCACGGCGUACUUAUCACCGGAUGUCCGUGCCCGGACGAACCUUGAUAUCUUGCUCGGCACGCGCGCUACGCGCUUGGUCCGCACUGCUGAAGCCGAUGGAGUACCUGAGUUCAAAGCUGUCGAAGUUGCAGAGAGCAGCACCGCGCCUCGCUCUCUGUUCAAAGCUCGCCGUGAAGUCAUUCUGUCCGCGGGCGCCAUUGCAACGCCCCAGCUCUUGCUUCUCUCCGGCAUCGGAAACGCCUCAGAGCUCAACGUGGUCGGGAUCGAUACGACUCUGGGAUCGCCAGAUGUCGGUACAGCAUUGCACGACCACCCAUCUGCUUUCUUCCAGUGGUCUGUCAACAGCACCGACACAUUCGACGAUGUCUUCAGAAACAGCACGCUCUUCGCAGACACACUCGCACAGUACCAGAGGAACGGCACUGGUCUUUUCGCAGGCGGUCCAAUGGGAAACCAACUUGGCUUCUUCCGCUUCCCUGACGACUCCAGUAUACUUGCAGCGCAUGGUGAUUCGGCAGCGGGACCAGAUGCCCCGCACUUCGAGUUCGGCUUCAUCAACGGGUUCGCCAGUCUUACCCGGGCUCCGCCAACGACGGGCAACUACAUCAGCGGUGCGGUUAUGCUCGUGUCGCCGACAUCUCGAGGUUCGGUAUCCCUCAAUAGCGCCUCGGUUUUCGACGCCCCGUCCAUUGAUCCUGGGAUUCUCAGCACGGAGGAAGACAUCGACUUGAUUGUCGCCGCGGUCCAGACCCUCAACAAGUUCUACUCUGCGGAUGCAUGGAGGGAUUAUAUCCUUGCUCCCGCUGAGGGCAGUCCUGACUACAGCGACAAAGACGGCAUCGCAGCGUAUGUGCGAGAUACAGUGGUGGCUCUCACCCACGUCGUGGCGACCGCUCGCAUCGUGGACGUGAAAACCGGUCGAGGCGUAGUCAAUGCGGACUUGACGGUGCGCGGUGCGCGGGGGCUACGUAUCGUCGAUGCUAGCGUGCUGCCAUACGUCCCGGCCGCGCAUACGGCCGCCCCUGUAUACGCGAUCGCAGAGCGUGCGGUAGACCUGAUAAGACGGUCCUUUGCCCAAGCAGACCAUCACGCACGCCACAUCGAGUUGUGA